CUUCAACUUAAAUUCGAGUUGAGCUACUACGUGAAAGAUUAGGUUCAUCCAUUCCAUUCCUGCACUAGACGUUUUCUGGGAAUUAAAUUCACAGGACACUGUACACGUCACCGAUUUUUAACAAUGGCGUCCAAGAUUCUAGCCACCGCGCUCCGCCGCACGCUUGCUAAACCAUCCAUAUAUUGUCGCCGCUUCUCCACUGCGGCGACGGCGGCGGCAGUAGAGCCAUUCGAGGAGGACGCCGCCGGAAUCAGCAUGAAAGGAGUAAGGAUCGCCGGCAGGCCUCUAUACCUGGACGUGCAAGCCACGUCACCGGUGGACCCCAGAGUGGUGGACGCCAUGCUUCCCUACUAUCUCUCCCGCUUCGGCAACCCUCACUCGCGCACCCAUCUCUACGGCUGGGAAUCGGACCGGGCUGUCGAGGCGGCCCGAGCCCACGUCGCGGCCCUCAUCAAUGCUUCCCCCAAGGAGAUUAUUUUCACAUCGGGCGCUACCGAGUCCAAUAACGUCUCCGUUAAGGGCGUCAUGCACUUCUACAAGGAGAAGAAGCGCCACGUCAUCACUACCCAAACGGAGCACAAGUGCGUCCUCGAUUCCUGCCGUCAUCUCCAGCAAGAGGGUUUCGACGUCACUUAUCUCCCGGUUGACCCGGAUGGCCUCGUUAACCUAGAUGAGCUCCGGGCCGCGAUCCGACCCGAUACCGGUCUCGUUUCAAUCAUGAUGGUGAAUAACGAGAUCGGCGUGAUUCAGCCCGUCCAGGAAAUUGGGGAAAUUUGCAGAGAAUUCAAUGUUCCUUUCCACACCGAUGCCGCACAGGCUCUAGGUAAGAUUCCAAUUGACGUUGAAACAAUGAACAUUAGUUUAAUGUCGCUAAGUGGGCAUAAGAUCUACGGCCCUAAAGGCGUGGGAGCUUUGUACAUGAGACGCCGGCCGAGAAUUCGAGUUGAGCCCCAAAUGAAUGGCGGUGGACAGGAGAGAGGGAUUAGGAGUGGGACUGUUCCAACUCCAUUGGUAGUAGGGUUUGGGGCAGCCUGUGAGCUGGCCAAAAAGGAAAUUGAAUAUGACACUGUAAAGAUCAAAGCUUUGCAGGAUAGGCUGCUGAAUGGAAUCAAGGCUAGAAUUGAUGGUGUGGUGGUGAAUGGGAGUUUGGAGAGGCGCUAUGCCGGGAAUUUGAACUUGUCUUUCGCGUACGUGGAGGGCGAGAGCUUGUUGAUGGGGCUUAAGGAGGUUGCAGUGUCGAGCGGGAGCGCUUGCACUAGCGCUAGCUUGGAGCCCUCGUAUGUUUUGAGGGCGCUGGGAGUGGAAGAGGACAUGGCACACACGUCGAUUAGAUAUGGAAUUGGGCGGUUCACUACAGAGGAGGAGAUUGAUAGAGCAGUGGAGCUUACAGUGAAUCAGGUCGAGAAAUUGAGGGAGAUGAGCCCGCUUUAUGAGAUGGUUAAGGAAGGCAUUGAUAUUAAGAGUAUACAAUGGGCACAACACUGAUAGAUUUCGCCAUUUCGGUUACUGGAGCUUUCGUAUUCUGAUGCUAAUUAACAGCAGUUGAGUGCAAGGACUGCUAUUAGGUGGCUGCCAGUUUCUAUUGUACAGAAACUGCAGAAUAGUUCUCGAGGGAGUUUCCCGGUUUUGCUGAACAAUGAGAUUCUCAGCCUAAAUCUCGAUGCGCCUUUGCUAGACUCAUACCUUUUGGAAGAAACUGAACUUUAUCCAUAUUGAGUUGCGCCGUGUAUAAUUAUUGCUCUCUAAUCCAAACUUAAUACUUCCCUGCUGUCUUGUAUAAACUGUUAACAAUGUUUUUGCUGCUUCAAGCAGAAAGACUCUUAGCAGACGUCAGUUAAUUCUUCAAUGAUGUUAUACAUUGGAUAAUGCCUUAUUCCAACAGA